AUGGAACCACCACCCGGUCGUUGCGGCGUUUGUGUGGCAUCCGGAACGAGCGGAUGUAUGGCGGAUCGUGCUCGCCGGCGCGCCUACGGAUACGAUGCGCUGCCAAUCGGAGCAACGUCGCAUGAAGUGGCCCCAGAGUAUCGAGACCAAAAACAAUUUCACGGACGGUUCGACGAUGGCGAGUUCCAAAGGCAGACCGUAUUCGUCCGCAGCACAUCCAUUGAUGAGGAGCCCCCGGUGAAGAAAUUCAUGAUGGUUGAGGAGGGUUUCGUGAGCCCUCGGAAUCACUUGCCGACUUUCCCCAUCACUCCAAAAGAAGAUUUUGAUGAGAACACAGACGUUCCGCUCUUCCAGCAGGGUGUGGACUAUCAAGAAUUCGAACCCUCAAGCCACUCGCCCCCGUCGUCGGCAACGCCAUAUGAAGGCGAUGCAUAUGGACCAGUUGAAAAUGCUGAAGGAGCAACAAAUAUGUCCGAUGAGCGGGGCUUCGCGACGGAUCACAGGAAGGGAUCUUCAUGUUCAACACAGGCAGAGCUCGAGUCUCCAAACCUCUCAGCUACCCCUGCCACAGACCCUGAAGAUCAAGCUUUGGAAGCCGCAGAGAUCCGACGAUUCCACAUAGAUAUCGCAAAUGAUGAUUUCGAGUUGUAUUUUUGCGUCGCCCCGAAAGAAGGUGCGGAUCUGUGCGGUGCUGAGGACGUGCUUGUGAAAGCCGAACGAGUCGUCAGGGAAUGGCAACAGAAAUUUGAUCGACAAGCAGCAAAAUAUGAACGGGCUAAAGCGACCAACGGGCGAGCGAAACGGAAGGUCGUCAAAGUUAUCAGGGAGACACAGGAAGAAAAGCAUUUUUACCAGCAAGUAAUUGAAACCAAGGAAGAACAGCUAAAGCAAGCCGGUGCCGAACUCCAGCAAGCAAAAGAGGAACGGGACAGGGCCGAAAAAGAGGCUGACGCUGCACUAAUCGAGUGUCAUCGACUUCGGGAAGCUCGGGAGCGAUCCGAAGCAAAGGCUCGACUUGUUGAGCAGGAAAUGGCGAGACUGAGGGAAGUGCUACGACCAUCGCAAAUGGCUUUGCACCGAGCUGAAGCCAAACAACUCCGGGCCGAGUUGAACGAGGCGAGAGCGGAGAUGGCAAGGUUGCGUAGGCCUACCCCGAUGAACGAUCCAGAAACACCGCCGUAUUCGCCACAAUCUCCAGCGCCAUAUACGCAGCCAGCACCUAAAGUCGCCUAUCUGGUGGACCGUGUCAACAAUGCCCCGCCGGGUGCGAUCUCAAAUGACCCGACCUUGACGACAUUGUUUAAAGAUGCCCCGCGCCCGCUGCGGCUCUAUUUUGCGCACCUGUUAGGACAGAUGAGGGACAACUGUUCGGAUGCGAUCCUACUACUGGAUAGCUGCAGACAGCAGCCA